AUGAAGGGAAUCCUGCUGGCGCUGCUUGUCUGCGUGGCAGAGGCGCACAUCAUCUUUAAGCAUGCGCCGCUCUCCUGCGAUCCUAUCCUGCCGGCAUUCCAGGGCUGUCUGCGCGGCCAGCGGUGCUCUCGGCACGGGCAAUGUGAGAGCAGUCAUCGUCCAGAGGAUGAGAUCCAGCCUCCCCAGCUUGAUGCUACUGUUGAGGUCGUCCAGAGAGACUCGGAGAUUCAGUAUGCGCCAGGCAAAUGCCGUGGAGGCGCCGGUGAAGGAGAGGCCGGCAUAGCGGUAGACUGCUUCAUGAAACAUCCCUCGCAUCUGAUUGAUGACGGCGAUGUGGCCCAAAAAGCUGCUCGUCCGUACCUACGAAGGCCCUUCUGGCGUCCCCAUUUCCGCCCAAAGCCAACGGUGUCUAUCACCGGCACUAACAGAAUGAAGCUCCCUGCUUCAACUGCUUCCGCUACUCCCACUAGCACCAUUCAACCCCAACCUUCUCAGCCGUCUAGCCCUACCGGAAAUGUUACCACUGACGGAACAUGCGGCUCAAGCCAUGGAGAUACCGUCUGCGGAGACUGGUCAUUUGGCCCCUGUUGCUCUCCCUAUGGCUUUUGUGGUAACAGCACUGCCCACUGCGGGCUGGGAUGCCAGUCUGGCCCAUGCAUAAACGGGCCUGCGUUGAAACCGAUUGCUCCUCUAAGCUACCAUCCAUUCAAGAUUCCCGGAAAGUUCACAACCGUCGGGAGGUCCGGAGUUCCUGCCAUGAUGGCCAUCCUCAUGCCUAACGGGAAAGUCGUUUUCGCGGACAAGAUCGAGAACUAUACAGAACUAAUUCUGCCCAAUGGACAGUUUGCUUAUUCCUCGGAGUAUGACCCAGUUACCAACGAAGUUGUGGCCUUAGAAUACAAGACGAAUGCAUUUUGUGCUGGUGGAACCGUUCUAGCUGAUGGUCGUGCUCUGUCUGUCGGUGGGAAUGGCCCGCUGAACUUCAUAGACCCAACCGUCAAAGAUGGGUUUAAGGGAAUCAGAUAUCUCGAGCGCAAGUUUGAUGACCCAAAGGGUGAAGAAGGAUGGAUCGAGCCUGGUCACACUUUAUCCACCGCCCGCUGGUAUCCCUCUGUACAGACUAUGCCUGAUGGGAAAAUAUUUGUUGCCUCUGGCAGCUUAAACGGACUGAACCCGACUAAUUCGGACAAUAACAAUCCCACAUAUGAAAUUUUGGACCGCGAAGGUUAUCCCCAUGGCGACAGCAUAGUCAUGUCUAUCUUGGAGAAGAAUCAGCCUUAUUACAUGUACCCUUUCCUUCACCUUCUCAAGGAUGGAAAUCUCUUCGUCUUCGUUUCAAAGUCUGCCCAGAUCUUCAAUGUCGAGACAGAUACCAUUGUCAAGACGCUCCCAGACCUUCGUGGUGACUUUAGGACCUAUCCGAACACAGGAGGAAGUGUCAUGUUCCCUUUGAGUUCUGCCAACGGAUGGGAGCCUGAAAUCAUGAUAUGUGGAGGAGGCGCUUACCCUGACAUCAAUAGCCCUACUGAUGCUAGCUGCGGACGCAUAAAGCCCCUGUCCGAGAAUCCAACCUGGGAUGUUGAGUCUAUGCCUAGUGGAAGGGUCAUGGUGGAGGGUACGUUGCUACCAGACGGCACAAUUAUCUGGUUGAAUGGCUGCAGUCGCGGUGCGCAAGGAUUUGGCAUCGCAAAGGACCCAGUAUAUGACCCCUGGAUAUAUAACCCCCGCGCUUCCAAUGUCGAACGCUGGGCCGUGGGUGGGUCAAGCACAAUUGCACGCAUGUAUCACUCCGUCGCCUUACUGUUACUAGACGGAACAGUGAUGGUUGCAGGAUCAAAUCCGGUUGAGCAGCCUGUGCUUGUUCCAAACCCCAAGGACCCCAAGACAGCAUACGUUACCGAGUUUCGAGUUGAAGUCUAUGUUCCACACUAUCUCAGCGGCAAGAAAGCGGAUCAGAGGCCACUUAAUGUUAUUUUGUCCAGCAGACAUCUAGUUGCUAACGGUGGAAACUUUACUGUAAAGUUCAACGUCCACAAAGAGGCCAUUGAGCUCCAUGUUGUUCUCUACCAGGGUGGAUUUGUCACCCACUCACUGCACAUGGGCCACCGAAUGCUUUACCUCGAUCACACAGGCUGGAAGGCUGGUCAAAGUGAGCAGGUUAUUGAAGUUACCAUGCCUCCUGACUCGAAUGUUGCUCCUCCUGGUGCCUACGUUAUCUAUAUUGUUGUGGACGGAGUGCCUAGUAUGGGCCAGUUUGUCAUGGUCGAGAACCCCAUGCCGCCUGGUGAUAAGCCCAAAGGAGACAAGCUCAAUGGAAAGCAGACAGGCAUGCAGGGGAAGCCGGAAAAGCAGCAGCCCGAUAAACCAGAGGAUAACAAGAAGAUCGAGAACGGCGGUGACGUGCCCAAGAAUGACACAAGCAAAGAUGACAAGUUGGACAAAGGCAAAGAGAAACAGGGUACUGAUGAUGGAAAGGAGAAGGGUGGUGGGAAGGAAGAGAAAAAAGACAAGGAAGACGACAAGUACGAGGAAGAUGAUGAUGACAUGGAGAACGAGGACUAG